ACUGAAAUGUUCCUUUUCAGGUACAAGUACGGGAAACAUGGAAGAAAAUGGAUGUGCCAAGGGGAAACAGAAAAUUCGCCCGCAAUUAAUAGCUAGUAUCAUAAUAAACAUAUCGGUACUCUCGUGUGGAGCUUGCUAUGCCUAUUCGAUGUCCAAUUCCACCAAGGUUCCGAAACAGGAAAAAUGGAUAAGCCUCGGUGUGCCAUUAGGCGCCCUCAUCGGUCCGAUCGCGUCUGCUUUACUGAUAGAUCGAAUAAGCAGGAAAUGGUUCCUCUAUCUGACAUCGAUACCAUUCAUCGCCUGUUGGGUUCUCGCCUUCGUGGUCAAAACUUGGACACUGCUUUUAGUGGGUAGACUGCUUGCCGGUGUUUCGGUUGGAGCCAUUUUCUCCGUGGUUCCCCUGUAUCUUGGUGAAAUUGUCGAGACGAAAAUCAGAGGGGUCGUCGGCACGAUGAUACCCGUCUUCUUCAAUAUAGGAUUUCUGCUCGUACAAGGAGUCCAUGCGAUGAAAAUAGACCCAAAGAUACUAUCCAUCGUUUGUUUGGCGCCAACUGUGGUAUUCAUGUUAACGGCUAUAUGGUUACCGGAAUCGCCAUACUACUACCUGAAGAAAAAGAAGGAGAAGCACGCCAACCUGUCCUUGAUAUGGCUGAGAAACACGACAGACAACAAACGAGAGCUAGAGGAAAUCUCCGAAUUCGUAAAGACGGAAGAGAAGGAAGGAUUGAAAGAACUAUUCACGGACUGUGCGAACAGAAGAGCACUUUUGUUGGUGUUGCUGUUACUGGCGGCUCAACAACUCUCCGGAUUCCUAACUAUCCAAUCGCGUUUAGAUCAUCUAUUGAAAGAAAUACCUUUUAAAAUAAGGAACGCGCACGUUCUUCUUAUAUUGACCGCGGUGGCCAUAGCGAUAGGUAUACUAUCCUCGUUCGUCGUCGACAGAAUCGGUAGAAAGCCCCUGUUUUUGGUAUCAGGUUAUGUCACUGGUCUGUGCCUCUGCCUCCUAGCAACCUACUUCCUCCUCAGCAAAAAAAUGAACCUGAGCAGCUUUGGUUGGGCGCCCCUAGCCAUUAUUCUUGUUUAUUAUAUUUUCCUUUCCAUCGGUUUGGCCCCCAUACCAGCAAUCGUGUCUUCGGAAAUCUUCUCGAUGAAAGUGAGACAUUGGGCGACCAUGGUCACGGGUAUUUGCGGAGCCUUCCUGUACAUAAUCGUAGCCCAAUGUUACCCGCUUAUCAUCGACGCUGGGGGCUAUCCAGUGAUACUUUACGUGUUCGGUGUUAUCGAACUUGUCAUAGCCACUGCUGCGGCUGUCGUUAUGCCGGAAACGUCCCGUAAAUCUUUCAAGGAAAUCCAGGAUAUUCUAAAGAAACGCAGCUGCAAGCCGAAGGAAAAGAUCACGGAAGAACACACGAAACCCGAAAUGAUCACGGAGGAAAAUUAAUGAACCACAUAUUCGUUUAAUUUA